AUGGAAGAUGACGAGAAGCAGUGCCUUGGACUAGUUGUGCUAGUUGAAGGUAUUCUGAUAGGUGCUAGUUCGACGGAGAAGAUUCCAUACUCAUGCCUCAAAUAUGCUUUGGAUUUUGAUCAGUACUGCUGCCAACCGUGGGGUAGAGAUGCUUUCGAGAUCAUCUCUUCUUGCGUAUCAAAGAUGGGUCCAGAGACAUGGACCAAAGAACGGUACAACGUCAAAGGUUUCGUUCUCGUACUUUACCUAUGGGCGCUCAGCACAGUUCCUGUCUUUGGCGAAAAAUUCGCCAGCAAACGUGAAGGAUCAGAAGAUGCAGUUCCAUGGUGUUUAAGAUGGGAAAGCACUGAAGCCCCAAGAAUGACCGACAUUGUUCUUAUCGAGAAAAAGGGUCAAGUAAAAGUUCACGCGAUUGUUGGCGAUCCAGAAUAUUAUAAACAUUUGGUCUCAGAAACGCAUGAUGACGAUCUGCCAUUUAUGGACAUGGUUAACCUCAUUAUGAUGGGGAAAKUYAGSAUGAAGGCAUCAUURUGGAUGAAUGAGAAAAUAGAUAWWRCUMAGCUGUGWRAAGSGUUAGAGGACACUUAUCGACGGGCGACACAGAUGGUCUACGAGACGAUUCAAGAGGAGCCUAGCCAAACCAAUUUCAGUGGCAUGACAAAUGACCAGAAGCUCGACAUGAUCAUCGCUAUUCUUGUGAAAUUGGAGGAAAGAUUAAAAACGGUAGCGAAGGUCCCGGAAAUUGAAUAUCGCAAAAAAGAUGAACUAAGAGAGAGCGAUAAACUAGAGCAAGAGACCAAAGAAAAAGAGAGCCAAGAUAAAGAGGUCAACAAUGAUGAUGUUGAUAUCGACUUACCAAGCACGUUUGAAGAUUCGGUUCGGGAGCCGAAUACGCAAGACGCAAGUUAUGCUGCAGAUGACAAAGAAGACAAAGAAGAAAGAAAUAACAAUGAUGGUGAUGAUGUUUACGAUGCUCCGGAAGCACAAGAUAGACAACCAAACAAAAAUUCUAAAUCAGCUACUCCGCCUUUCUCCACUCCGAAUUUUAACUUUUGUACAAAAUGCUUAUAA